GACACAUCGCCCAGCGGCUCCCCCUGUCACGUGAUAGCAGAGAGGCGCCAACAUUUAAACUAAGUUUAUCUGGCGAGUUGUGCGGUUCACAGCGGUGAUGGGCCCUGGGGAUGAAGGUGAUGCGACUGAGGCACUGCCUAGCCAGUCACUGAGUACGGAAGGUGAUUCUGUCAAGGUCUUUGUAAGGGUGCGUCCAGUGAAGAACACGGGGCUGUGUUCCGAUGGAGGACCUGGGCUGUGUUUGUCAGUCCUCUCGCCAAACACUAUUCGUCUCAGCUCAAAACCUGAACCAAAAGUUUUCACGUUUGAUCAUGUGGCUGAUAUGGACAUUACCCAGGAAUCCGUUUUUUCAACUGUUGGCCGAGGCAUUAUUGAGUCCUGUAUGAAUGGAUACAAUGGCACCAUAUUUGCAUAUGGACAAACUGGUUCAGGGAAGACAUUUACAAUGUUGGGUCCCUCUAAAUCUGACAACUUCACUCACAAUCUGAGGGGAAUAAUCCCUCGCAGCCUUGAAUACCUAUUUUACUUGAUCAAUCGUGAAAAGGAAAAGGGUGGAGGAACAAGAAGCUUUCUGUGCAAGUGCUCCUUCAUUGAGAUAUACAACGAGCAAAUAUUUGACCUUUUAGAUGCUGCUUCAUCUGGUCUGUUUCUUCGAGAAAGCAUAAAAACUGGAGUUUUUUUAGAAGGAGUGAUUGAACAGGUUGUUACAUCAGCAGCUGAAGCCUAUCAGGUGUUGUCUAUGGGAUGGAGAAAUCGAAGUGUAGCAUCUACUUCAAUGAAUCGAGAGUCAUCACGAUCCCACGCUGUCUUUACACUUGCUAUAGAGUCAAAGGAAAAGAUUAACUCUCUGGUUAGCAUUCGAAUGUCACGGCUGAACCUCGUUGAUUUAGCAGGAUCAGAACGACAGAAAGAUACACAAGCUGAAGGGCUGCGAUUAAAGGAGGCGAGCAGUAUAAACCGAUCACUGAGCUGUCUGGGAAAUGUUAUCAUGGGACUUGUUGAUGUGACGAAUGGCAAAAGUCGGCAUAUUGCCUACAGAGAUUCUAAGCUGACUUUCUUAUUAAAGGACUCUCUUGGAGGAAAUGCAAAGACCUACAUUAUUGCAAAUGUUCACCCGGGGUCAAAAUGUUUUGGUGAAACGCUCUCAACACUUCAGUUUGCUCGUAGGGCUAAGUUGAUCAGAAAUAAAGCCAUAGUAAAUGAAGAUACUCAAGGCAAUGUUCACCAGCUGCAGCUUGAAAUCAAGAGGUUGAAAGAACAACUCUCUGAGCUGUCAAAGGGACAAAUAAUCCAGGAAGCAGAGGCAAGGAGCGAAACUGUACCUGUGACAGGACAUGAUGGUGGAUGGAAGGAUCGCUUUCUGCAAGCCAUGCUCCUCUGGGAGAAAAGUGAAUAUCAAAACCAGACCCUUAUGGAAAAAAUUGGGGAACUCAAGGAUGUGUGCAGUAAAAAAGAAAAGAUAAUUCAGUCAACCAAGAUGAUUGUGAAGUUCAGGGAGGCAAACAUAGCAUAUCUGGAAAAGAUUUUGAAUAGUUCUCACAGUAACCUGUCUCCAGAUGAAAAAGAUGCAGUGAUCAUUGAACUGAAGAAAGAAGUCCAAAUUUUAAAAGAGCAGACUGAGCAAGACUCUCGAAUAGCCAGUUAUGCAAUGGAGAAUCGUGCUUUACGAGAGGAAAACAAAUAUCUGAAAUCCUUGGAAAAUGUGAAACGCGCCAAGGAAAUGUCUCUACAAAUGACUGCUAAACUGGAAAGGGCAUUUUUGGAAGCCUCUACCUCAGAGAAAAAUGCUGGAGGUCAAACACUUUACACGUCUCCUGUAAAAGUUGAGAACAUAUCUGCAGCCUCACAACAAAGACUUAAAGCUCAACUUCUUCAAGCACAGAAUGACUUAUCUUCUGUAAAGCAGGAAUAUGAGGAGUUCCAGCAACUGGCCAAGAAGAAGCAAAUGGAAUUAGAAUCUGAAGUCCACACCCUUGAGAAAGCCAAUCAGCAUUUGGAAAAUAUUUUGGAAGCGACUCAAUCUCACAAACGUCAGGAGGUCUUCCAGCUAAAUAAAAUGCACGCUGAGACGAUCAAGAACAUGACACCAAUUAAGUCUGUGGGCAACCUAACACCUCAAAUAAUUUUACAACCGAGUCCUGAUGGAGCACCUGAAGUUUGUGCAGAGAAAGAUAAUGCUGUAAUUAAUGAGUCUCUGCCACUUGAUAUGAAUGGACAAGCUUAUGAAGCUAUUGUUGAAGAACUUCGAAUAGUUCAGGAGCAGUUGACUGACCUCCAGACCAAGCUGGAUGAAGAGGAGAGAAAAAAGGUGAAGCUUCAGCAAAAUAUUGACAAACUGGAAAGCCAUUCCACCAAGUUGAACGAGCUCCUCAUCUCUGAACGAAAUGAUAGAAACAAAACCCAGCAGGAGCUCAUUACAAAGACUAAAUCAUUGGAAAGUGAGCUGCAAGACUGUCUAACUCAAAACAAUAUAUUGAAAAGUGAAGUGCACGACUUGCGUGUUGUGCUACAGUCAGCUGACAAAGAACUUGUGACGGUAAAGGAGGAAUACAGUUCCUAUAAGGCCAAGCAAGAUGCUGAACACAUUCAACUUUCAGAUCAGUUUAUGAAAAUCCAGUUACAGCUGGAUGAAAUCAGGUUAGAACAUGAAAAAAACCUGGAGAUGAAGCGUUCUCUCCAAGAUUCUAAUGACAAUCUACUGGAGAUUGUGAAAUUUAAAGAAUAUGAGAAUGAACAACUGCUUGAAAAUCUGGAACAAAUGAAGGAGGAAGCUGAAACAAUGAGGGCUGAAAUUGGUUCUCUGAUGGAAGAUCUGGAAGCUGGAAAGGAACAAAACCAAAAGCUUGCUUCACAACUUCAACAGGACAUUGAAAACAAUUCCAAGGAACUUUUGAAAGCUUUGAGUGAGAAAGAUCUCCAAAAGAAAGAAUCUUGUGAAUUAUUGUUGAAGUUCGAGCAGCAGGUACUAGAGCAGAAGCAUCUGGAGCAGAGCCUGUCUGAUGCCAAAUGGAUUAUUGCUGAUCUUGAGAAGAAGCAUACUGCUGAUCAGGAAGUAUUGAGGAUCCUGAACAAUCAAAUUCAAGAAAUGAGAAGCACCUGCAGUCAGAGAUCUGAAACUGUUUCUGCCUUGACUCAAGAACUGGAGGACAUCAAACUGAAAUACAGUGCUGCUGUGGCUGCUAAGGAGGAACAUAAAACCAUAAUUAAAAAAAAGGAGCAAGAAAUUAAGGAAAUGAGAGAGACCAUGGAAAGAAUGAAAAAUUCCAGUAAAGUUGAGAUGGAGAUGCUGUACGAAGAUCUCACUAAUACCUAUCAGCAGCUUGAGCAACAAACAGAAUACUGUAAGGAACUGGCAGCCAAGUUGCAGCUGAUGCAAGAAGAAGCAGAGAAAAGUAAAAGAACCAUUAAGGAACUUAACAGUCAGACUCCAUGUACUCCUAGAUCUCCAGCAUAUCCAUUUCGAACCCCAGAGCAGCACCAGGGGCAAUUGGAUCAAAAUGCAAUUCAAGCUUCCUUUGAAGUGUUGGCUGAGAUGGAGUUAGAAAGGGAAUCCAAGAAUAAACAGAUUCUACAACUCAAAAGCCAGUUGCAUGAAUUGAAAACUCGGUGUUUGGAAAUGGAUGCUUUGGAGAGACGCUGUCAGAAUUUGGAGAACUGCCUAGAAAGAACGGAGGAAAGUUCAACAAUGGAGUCACAACGUCUAAAUGAGUUGGAAAAGAGAUUAAAAGAAGAAUUAAAUGUCAAGGAAGCUCUAAAAGAAAAGCUAGCACACAUGGAGACUGAAUUAACUAUGAAUAAGACGUCAUUGGCACCUAUUCAGCAGACUAUUAAAGAGUACCAAAUAGAACUUGAACGCACCAGAAGUUUAGAAGUGAAAACCUUCAAUGAGAAAGAAGAGUUUCGAUCAGCUCUUGAAUCUGCAAAUGAAGAGAAAGAGAAACUUAGCUGGGAGGUUGACACUCUUCAGAGGCAAGUAGCCAAACUUGCUGAAGAGAAUGGAAAGCUGGCAGGACACAAGAACUUGAAUCAAAAAAUUCAGUAUUUGGUUAAAGUCAAGAAAGAAAAUGCUCAACUCUGUGAGGAAGUUGGGUUGCUGAAAUUAGAGCUUCUGAAACUGAAGGAACUCAAGAAAAUUGACAUUAACAGCUUGACACAACAAACUGUGUUGAGGAAUCAUGAUGAAAAUGUACAGCAAUAAUGUAUGGAGUAAGAGCACCUCUAUAAAAACCAAGCAGCCAUUUUCCAGCAUUGGCUCCUAUAACUGAUUCCGGUGUUCAUCCAUGCACUUCAUAAAUGCCACCACUCUGGUACUUUCAUAUAUAUUUUAGGUACUCAUCAUUCUUUGGGUGAAAAAAGACUCUUCAGAUUGUCUUUAAUUCUCUUGCUCCCUUACUCUAAACUCCUUUUGUUCAACUCUGUGGAGAAAAUGUUUGCUGCUGUGUCCUCUCUAUUGCCCUCAAUGUUCAGUCAUCUCCUCUCUUACCCUCCUUCAGUCAAGUGAAACUAACAGUCUCUUCUCAAUCUGAAGUGCUCCAUCUCAGACAAUAGGCUGGGGGAACCUCCAUUCCAGCCUCUCCACCGCUUUCAUGUCUUUCCUAUACUGUAGAUUUCAUUUUGUUUUGUAGAUUGUUCUGUUGUUUCUAGUACAUGGUAGCAAUCUCACUAAACAGUUAAGUGUAUUGAAGGCAGUCUGCUCAAUGCAGGCACACCAGGUAUGAAUUUAAUUAUAUUGUCUCCUAAAGUUCCUUUACCCUAAGUUCCCUGAAGCAGACUUAAUCAAGGAGACUGAUGGAGGUAGUGACCAUAAUAUGAUAAAAUUUACUAUGCCAUUUGAGAGAAGUAAACGUGGGAGAAAAGCUAAAAUCUAAUGUAACGGUGUUGAUUAAAAUGUAAUUGAUUAAAAGUAACAACAUGGGCAUGAGAGAGAAGAUUUGGUCAAAGUUGAUUAAAUGGAGACUGUAGCAGGAAGAUGGUAGAGCAACAAUGACAAGAUUCUAGGAUUAAUUCAGGGAAGCACAGAGCUACGAUGGCACUUAACUGUGACUGCUUCGAGCUCAUUUGCAGAAAACUUUGGUUCUUUGUGGUGGAAUCUGCUCCCAGUGGCUCAGGACCGGCCGCUUUUCACAGUCCCAAGGACUUGGCGGUCCAAGUCUUAGCGGCCCUGUGAAUGGGCUGUCUGUAACUGGUGCCACCAAAUGAAGCAUAGUGGGAGAAAACGGAAUAUCCGGAACAGUGGAUCGGCUAUCGGGGCUCUAUAUUCCGUGAAUCUCCUCUCUGUCUCCACAGAUUCACAACUCUCUGGCUAAAAGAUUCCUCCUUACCUCUGUUCUAAAAGAUUGCCCCUCUAUUUUAAGGCUGGGCCCUCUAGUUUUGGAUACCCCCGCCACUGGAAACAUCCUCUUCACAUCCACCCUAUCUAGUCCUUUCAACAUUCAGUAGGUUUCAAUGAGAUCCCCACCCCAGCAUCCCUCUAAAUUCUAGUGAAUACAGGCCCAAAACUGCCAAAUGCUCCUCGUAUGUUAACCCCUUCGUUCCCGGAAUCUCCUUGUGAACUUCCUGCAGAUUCUCUCCAAUGAUAGCACUUGGAAUAUUGUCAACAGUUUUGGGCCCCAUACAUCAGAAAGAAUGAGUGUCACAGACACGCAACACACCCCAGCAUCCUCCACCCACCAAAGCCCCCGUGGAACUAAUUGUUCGCCCUGACAAAUCGACAGAAGCUCACUCUCUCUUUCUCUCCCCCCAAGAAAGGGACAGAGAGAUGGCACCCUGUCACAGCGAGAGGGGAGACAUAACAAAACAACUCGCUGAAUUACAAUGAUGAAGUCUGCCAUGCCGUCCCCCAUGAGUUCUCCAAUGGGAGGAGGAGAGGGUAAAUGCCAGAAGUUCAAGAGUCUUUUCUAUCCAUAACAAAAGAUAAGGACUUUAAAGACCAUAAGGCAUAGCAGAAUUAGGCCAUUCAACCCAUCGAAUCUGCUCUGCUAGUUGACCAUGACUGAUUUAUUUUUCCUCUUAACCCCAUUCUUUUGCCUUCUCCCUGUAACCUUUGAUGCCUUUGCUAAUGAAGAACUUAUCAAUCUUCACUUUCAAUGUAACCAAUGAUGUGGCCUUCACAGCCAUCUGUGGCAAUGACUUCCACAGAUUCACCACCCUCUGGCUAAAGAAAUUCCUCUUCAUCUCUUUUCUAAAGGGACGUCCUGUGCCAUUUGAUCCUAGACUCUCCCACUAUUGGAAACAUCCACACUAUCUUGGCUUUUCAAUAUUUGGUAGUUCUCAGUAAGAUUACCCCCUAAACCCUCCACCCCGCCAUUCUUCUAAGCUUCAGCGAGUAAAGGACCAGAAGUCAUCAAACAUUCCUCAUAUGUUAACUCUUUCAUUCCUGGGAUCAUUCUCGUAAACCUCCAUGGGUCCCCUUUGACGCCAGCAUUAAACAACCAAAAUAUCAGACCUUACCUAAGAAUGCAUUAUUUUUCUCAGAAUACAUGAUACCAUUGCCAUUGCCAAAGCCAACUUCCAAAAAUUGAAACCCAUUUUUACCAACAGACUCAUUUCUAUGACAACAAGGCUUAGGUUAUUAAAAUGUUACAUCUGGUCAAUCUUGCUGUAUGCUUCCAAAACAUGGACUAUAACACCAGAACUCCAAAGAAACCUAGAAGCAACAGAAAUGUGGUUUCUUAGAAUGAUGCUGAAAAUAUCAUAUGGAGAUAGAGUAACUAAUGAGACAGUACUCCAACGUGCCCAUACAAAAAGAUCUUUAAUGAGAACAUUAAAUGAGAGAAAACUUAAAUUCCUGGGCCAUGUCAUCAGAAACGGAGAAAUAGAAUGCCUUACAUUACAAGGCCGUAUGCCUGGGAAACGCAGAAGAGGAAGACAAAGAAAAAAAUAUAUGGACACUGAAAGAACUAACAAAUCUAAAUGUGAGGGUUUGUUCGAUGUGGAGAGCCAUGGUCGCCUAAGCAUGUAACGCGCAAGGCACUUGAAGAAGACAUGAUACCACAGAAAAAUGUGAGAAAAUAAAUAUAUAUGAAAGUCAGGUUUAGCAGAUUCUAUUUUGAGUCAAACCAUUCAUCGUGGCUAUUGUACAUUAAGAUUCUGUGUUUUGAAAAAGUAUUAUUUUUUCAAUUUUCUAACAACAGUAUAUACAAAAUUGUACAUGUGUGAUUUUUUUUCCAUCAGGUGAGAACUAUGUCAAAACUGCUCUUGACACCAUUCAUUAUUA